UCAAAAUCAUUACAAAAAAAACAUAAAUAUUCUCCCUUAAUAAUAUUCUAUUAAUAAUCUCAUCGAAUAUAAAACCGCAAAUCCGAUCACCGUUUAGGGUUUCCAAUGUCGUCCCAAUUUAUCAUCACGCUCAAUCUUCAUCAUCUUAGCUUCAUUUAAUUCCAACAAUGAUUUGGGCCAUGAGCUGGAAUGAUGGUUGUUCUUGUUCUCGAUCUUGAUCUAAUUGAAUUGGGGACCCUGGGUUUUUGUUAGUGUUAUGGAUUUGGGGAGUGAAUAUGUGGAUGAUAAUCAUGUAAACCCAGAACCUGUGUCCCAUGGUGUUGAUGAUGCUGAUGAUGGGGAUAGUGUUGAGGUUAGGAACAAUGGGUCCUCUGCUAAUGGGAUUGGAAAUGGACCUGGGACUAGAGCUCCAGCGGUGGAUUUGACUCUUUCGGCCGGGAAAUCACCCGGUGGUGGUGGAGGGUCGAAUCCUGCUUCGAAGGGGCAAGGCUUGAGGAGGUGGAAGCGAAUUCCGAGACUUUUGGGUAAUGAUGGAGGUGGCAAUUCAGUAGAUGAUUCUAGUAGGAAGCGGGGUAUGUCGGGUUCUGAAAUUCCGGUUAAGGCUAGGAAUGCUCCGGUUGAGGUUGAUCAUAAUAACAGUGAGGGCUCGGUUGGAUCCGUGAAUAUGGUGAGAAAUUCGGGAGGUGCUGAUGGCUUUGGAUUUGGAUUUGGUGGUGCUAGUCCGGAUUCUAGAUUUGGUGUUGGUCCUGUUUUUGCUGCUCGUGCAGAUUCUGAUAACAGUGAGGAUCGGAGUAGUAAGUCUUCCACAGCUGCCAGUGCUCCAAAGGGCAGGUAUGACGUGCCUGUACCAGUAAACCAACCACGGAAUAGGGUGAAGAAUGCUAGCACAAAGAGUUGGAGUAAUUCAGCUCAAAGUUCUCAACCGGGGAGGGGACGGAGUGAAAGCAGUAAGAAGCAUAGAGGAGACAGGGUCAAAAUCGAGAAGGAAAACUCUCAUUCCAGCAUGGAAUCUGACUCAAGAAGCUCCAACUUUGUCUUUAUGCAGAAUGCACCUCUGUCUAGUAAUGGGAAGCAAAGUAGAAGAUCAAUGAGUCAGGAAGGAGAAAAUAGUGAUGAAGCUCAUGCAAGUGAGCAACAAUUCAGUGAAGAAGUUCAAACUGGUUAUCGGAGAGAGAAUGCGGUAGAAGUUGAAGAUUUUUCACAAGAUUUAGAUGCCGACUUGUCAUGGGAGGGUAAGCUACGCAAAAGCAAGAAGCAUGGGUCCUUUGCGGAUAUGGAUCCUCUAGCUGAGUCUAUGUUCAACUUCCAGACUGUACAAGAAGCACUCCAGAAAGAGGUUCAGAAAUUUGGGGAGAUUGGGAAAGAACCUAUAUCACGAGGUGAUAAUUCAGUGAAGCCUAUUGACCCCUCUUCAAGUGAUCCGGAAAUUAUUGAAUCCAAUCUAUCUGAUCAGUUGGGUUCUGAAAAGAUUGGACGAACUUUUUCGAAUUCCUUGGAAGCACAGAUAUUGAGUUUGAAACAGCAUGUGAAACUUAUGGAAGGCGAGCUGGAUGAGACUAGGGCUAGGCUUCAGGUGAAGGAGUCCAGGGUUGCUGAACUGGAAGAUAUUCUUAACAUUAGCAAGUCUUUUAAAGAAGAAUCAGGUAGUACCGUAGAGUUACAGGAGGAACAAUACAGAGAGCUAGAGGCUGAGGUUGAGAUCUUGUUCAGGCAAAAGAUUGAAGCGGAGGUUGAGUAUAUUGUAAUAAAAACUACAACACAGAAGGUGAAGUUUGCUACAGGUGACCAAAUUGCACUCAUUGAGGAGCAAGAAGCAGUAGCUGGAGAACAAGCGCGGAUACUGAACAAGCUUGGGGAAGCACAAAUUAGGGCUUCAAAGCUAAAAGAACGAACAGAGGAAUUGGGAAAGUAUUGCGGAGAUGUUUUAGGGACAGAAGAGGUCUUUACUAUGCAGAAGAAAUUAUGUAAGGUUAGCUCAUGUUUUUUUGUCCAGUUGCUUUUGUUGGCUUUAGCCAUCUGGUUUUUUUUGUUACAAUCAUCUCCCCCUCAAGGGACGGUUGUACCCACCUGAGUCUGAGAGUAGUAAUGCCUUUUUUCUGUGUAUUCUCAACCACUUAGGCAGAUAUUUGAGUGUUGCAUUUUAUCCAUCUAUUAUUAUUAGAACAUAUAUUUUUUUUCUUUCUCAUUCUUUGCUUCUCCUUUCCUUUCUUUUGUAACAUAUAUUUAUAAUUCUAGAUUUCUUCUGGGAAUGCUUUCAUCCUGAAAUUAUAACCUUGAUACAAAGCCAUGCUGUAUUUACCUUCCCUUUUGCCAAGUUCAUAUAAUAAAUUAGUUGGCUAGUUCUUUGAUCGACA